CAAUUUUGCUUAAUAGCUCCAUGUAGAGUUGUUAAUAUUCUACCUAACAUUUCUUAAUCAACCCUCUAAUCAUUGUUCAAGCUGCAGCUUCAUCUCUUCUUCAUAUACAGUUGACCUUCAUUAAUCCUAAAAACCCUUUAUAUAUUUUUCAUCAUUUUCCCCCAAGGUAGCUCUUUCAAUUUCUUCUUCAAGAAUUUAAAUGGGACAAGAAACAAAAACACUUGAUGAUGAAUAUGAAGUCACAGAUGUGUUAGGGAGAGGAGGGUUUUCAGUUGUAAGAAGAGGGCUUAAGAAAUCAUCAAAAACCCAACAACAACAAGUAGCCAUUAAGACACUAAGAAGAUUUGGACCAUGGAACACUAAUAUGGCUGCUGGAAGAGCUUCAAGACAAGCUUUAGUUUCGGAUGCUUUGCUAACGAAUGAACUUUUGGUCAUGCGGAAAAUCGUGGAAGACGUUUCGCCACAUCCCAACGUGAUCCAUCUUCAUGAUGUUUGUGAAGAUCCAAAUGGAGUUCAUCUGAUUUUAGAGCUUUGUUCCGGCGGCGAAUUAUUCGACCGGAUUGUGGCGCAAGAAAGGUAUAGUGAAGCCGGUGCCGCGGCUGUGGUUAGACAAAUUGCUGAAGGGUUAAACGCGAUUCAUAAGGCUAAGAUUGUUCAUCGUGAUUUGAAGCCUGAAAACUGUCUCUUCUUGAGUAAAGAGGAGGAUUCUCCUUUGAAGAUUAUGGAUUUCGGGUUGAGUUCUUUAGAGGAUUUUACUGAUUCUGUGGUUGGAUUGUUUGGUUCGAUCGAUUAUGUCUCGCCGGAAGCACUUUCUCGGGACAAAAUUACGACCAAAAGUGAUCUUUGGUCACUUGGAGUCAUUCUCUACAUCCUACUCUCCGGGUAUCCGCCUUUUAUCGCGCCAUCAACAAGACAAAAGCAACAGAUGAUAUUGCAAGGGUCUUUCAGCUUUCACGAGAAAACAUGGAAGAGCAUAACUUCUUCAGCAAGGCAACUAAUUUCCAGUCUUCUUACAGUUGAUCCUCAGAGAAGACCAAGCGCUGCCGAGAUUCUUCAACAUCCAUGGGUCACUGGGGAUUUGGCAAAGCAAGAACAGAUGGAUGCGGAGAUUGUUUCACGCCUUCAGAGCUUCAACGCGAGGCGUAAGUUCCGAGCUGCUGCAAUGGCAAGCGUUUUGAGUAGUAGCUUUUCCCUCAAAACCAAAAAGCUUAAAAAUUUGGUGGGGGCUUAUGAUCUCAAACCUGAGGAACUCGAGAAUCUCCAAAUCCAUUUCAAGAGAAUAUGCAAAAAUGGUGAGAAUGCAACACUUGCAGAGUUUGAGGAAGUGUUGAAAUCCAUGGAAAUGUCGUCGCUUGUUCCGCUAGCGCCUCGUAUCUUUGAUCUGUUUGACAACAAUCGGGAUGGAACUGUGGACAUGCGAGAGAUUGUGGGUGGUUUCUCUAGUCUUAAGUAUUCAAAGGGCGAGGAUGCGCUGCGGUUAUGUUUCCAGAUGUAUGACACAGAUCGAUCUGGAUGCAUUAGCAAGGAAGAAGUAGCAUCAAUGCUCAGGGCAUUGCCGGAUGACUGUCUUCCGGUGGAUAUCACAGAACCUGGAAAGUUGGACGAGAUAUUUGAUCUAAUGGAUGCAAAUAAUGAUGGUAAAGUCACGUUUGAAGAGUUCAAAGCUGCAAUGCAAAGAGAUAGCUCCCUCCAAGAUGUCCUCCUUUCCUCUCUUCGACCUAAUUGAUUAUUCUUUUCUUCUGUCCAAAAAUAAUUAUCAUUUGGGGUAUAAGUCCAUUAGUUUAGUAUUUAAGGGUUUGUUCCAUCAUUUCCUAAAUUAAUUAAUUAUCAUUACAUUUUUCUUGUAGCGAUAAUUCCUAGCAAGUAAUGUUGUUUGAGGCUGAACUAAUUAGCUCCCUUCUUCUAAACUCUUAAUUUACUCAAUAAACGAAAUGUAAUGAUUUUUUAAUAACACUUUUAUGUAAGGGCGACUUCAAU